AUGGCCCGGACACACUUCAUCCCAGCACGCGACUCCCGACAUCGCGCAGCUGUCCUCGCUUUGUAUCGCGCGCUGGCCAAGACGGCAACAAAGAUUCCCCUGCAAAACCAUAUCGGUGAUGCUCUCACCUACUCUAGUUCUAUACGUGCGGUACUGCGCCGCCGAUUUGAAAAGAACUCGAGCGAUACUAGCCCCAGGCUCGUUUUUGCCGCGUUGACAGCUGGCUACAAGUUCCUCUCAUUUCUUCAUAAGUCUCAAAAUGCGAGCUCGGCCGAAUAUCGACAAAUCGUUCAAUACCUCUCCUCCAGGAAGGAGAUCCCGACCCAGCAAGCCGGCGCGCCUGCGACUAAACAAGCCGAACGAAAAGAACCACUCUUGGUCAAAAUAUCUGGACCUGGUGAAGCCGCGAAAUAUACUUCAAACUUGUAUCCUCGACCGCUGAAUUCCUUGACUCGAACACGGCGCGUCCCCAUGAUGGCGACUACGGCUGAAGGUCUACCUUUUUUGCGCACAUCAUUCGUGCAGCCCCACGAAAUGUCCCGCAUGGUCGGGCGUAAGAAUGCAAUUUUCCAAUCAAAGAUUGCAAAAAUCACCGAGAUCCAGGACGAACUCUUACCAGACGCUGAAACGGAGGAUGAGUGGGAGCGCAUAGUCGCGCGACAGCUGCGCAAGGAGCGUCUGCCGCAUGAGGAGAGACCGGACGUCGAUGAGACCUACACGUGGAGUCUGCACCUUUCUCGAUUAUGGCUGGAGUGGAAGACUGAGUCGAUAUGGCAGGACUGGAUUGCGCGAGGCGAGGCUUUGCAACACAUCGUGGACACCGAGCAGAAACUUGCUGAUGAAGAGGCUGGAAAGACUUGGAAGCCUGCAUCAACGACUCCAGAGUACGCGAGGCCUCCGUCGGCGGGUAAAGUUUCCGCUCGCGAAUUGAUAUCUCGAGUACCACCUACGCUCCCGGGUGAAAAAACUGGGAUGGAUGGCCACGACAUCUUCUCAACUCCGGCUUGGGCUGCGCACGUCAGGUUGAAGUAUAACUCGAUGCGGGCGUGGGCUGUCCAACCGCGCGGCAGCAAAGCGCAGUCUGUGUGA